CUUUGUAUUUUGUAGUCGAAUAAAAAGCAUUUCGUGUUAAAGAUGUUAUUUAUUUAUUACAUACCAGUUUUAAAGCGUAGAUCGGAUUUAUUUAUGAAAGAGCAUUGCGUGAGGUUGUAGAGACUGCAGCCACGGAGAGUCCUAAUGGAUCGAAGCACACUAGAUGGUGCUCACGCCAAGUGGGUUUUGUCCGAGCUGAACCAGCAGAGGGGGCUUGGAAAGUUCUGCGAUGUGAUGCUGAACACCCCAAGCGGUCAAGUGUUCCUGGCCCACCGCAACAUCCUCGCUUGCUUCAGCCAUAUUUUCCGGGACUUACCCUCCUCCACGACAUGCACAGAGAUCAACCUGCCACAAGAGUGUCCCGAUGAGGGCCUGGAGCUGCUGCUGCAUUUCUUCUACACUGGUGAUCUCGAGCUGAACAGCGAGACUGAGGUGAAGGUUCGACGGGCUGCAGAUGAUCUAUCCGUUCCUGAUUCCCUCGUUCCUGCUCAGAAGCUGGUCAGAAGCGAUGGGAGCGAAGACGGCGAAGGGAAGUCACUUUUCCUCUCAGGGUCCGUGGACACCAAACCGCACUUGACCGCUGUGCCACAAUCAGCAACUCAACCAGAGGUGACCAGCGAUGGAGAAAACCCGACGAGGUCAGAAGUUGUAGAUGUGGAGCGCGCUGAUUUUCUCAGCACCAACUCAUCCACCACCACUCGAUCUGGCAGGAGGGUCCGGGGUCCAAGCAGGCUGGCCAGAGAGGACGUCGUUCCUGUAGCCCCAAAACUCAGUGCAACAAGAAGAAGAACUGCAUCUCUCGAGGCCAAAGACGAACGCAUCACACCCACUGAUGGAGAACAGAGCAAUACGCAUGUGGUCAAAUCAAAGGUCAUCAUGGCCCUGCUUUGCCCUGCAGGCUUUAGUUUGGGCAUCUCCACUCUAUAUUCUGGUUUCGUCUGUGCAGGACGGUCCUCCAAACGGGGACGAAGACGACGAGGACGGUGCAGGGAUUUUUACAGAGGACACGGACGAAGAGUACACGCCGCACCAGCCACCCGUGGCGGCGUUUAUAAAGCUCCGCGAGGGAAGCGCAGACGGAAAGGAAGUGUCGACGGGAAAGAGAACGGAGACGGAGGUGGGUCGACGACGGACGCGAAGAAGGACUCCGUUCAGUGUCCCACGUGCCACAAGACGUUCCUCAGCAAAUACUACUUGAAAGUCCACAACAGGCGGCACACCGGGGAGAAACCUUUUAAGUGUGACAAAUGUGGGAAAUGCUAUUAUAGGAAGGAGAAUUUGCAAGAGCAUGAGGCCAGGAACUGCCUCAGCAGGACUGAUAUGAUGUUUUUCUGCUCUAGGUGUCCCAUGAGCUUUAAGAAGAGACAGGAACUGCGGAUGCACACAGUCUCGCACACGGGCGAGAUGCCGAAUAAGUGCACUUCAUGUUCGGAGCAGUUCAUGCAGAAGAAAGAGCUCCGAAAUCACAUGAUCAAAGUCCACGGAGCUCCGAAACCAUAUUCAUGCUCGCUCUGCCCCAAGAACUUCCUGUCACGCACCGAGCUGCGUCUCCACGAAGCCGCCAAGCACCGCGGGGAGAAGCUGUUCGUGUGUGAGGAGUGCGGCCAUCGAGCUUCCAGCCGCAACGGCCUACAGAUGCACAUCAAAGCCAUUCACAGGAAGGAGCGUCCGUUCGUGUGCGAGAUCUGCAAUCACGCCUUUACCCAGAAGGUCAAUCUGAACAUGCAUCUCCGCACACACACAGGGGAGAAACCGUAUCAGUGCCACCUGUGCGGCAAGACCUUUCGCACUCAGGCGAGCCUGGACAAGCAUAACCGCACACACACUGGCGAGCGGCCAUACAGUUGUGAGUUCUGCGAGCAACGCUUUACCGAGAAAGGGCCGCUGCAGCGCCACAUAGCCAGCAGACACCAAGAAGGCCAGCCGCACACCUGCCACAUCUGCAACAAGUCCUUCAAAGCCAUCGAGCAGCUUCGUGUGCACGUACGGAGACACAAAGGGAUGAGGAAGUUCGAGUGCACAGAGUGUGGCUACAAGUUCACCAGACAGGCUCACUUGCGGCGACACGUCCAGAUCCACAACCGCGUGGAGAACUACAACCCACGCCAGAGGAAACUGCGCAACCUCAUAGUAGAGGAUGAGAACGCAGAGACUACUCCCGCAGGACAGGAGGCGGCAGACGAGGAUGCCCUUUCAGCCGAAGAGGAAAGCAUGGUGCGGCUUGACUCUGGCGGUGUGAAGGAAUCCGUGCAGGAAAGCUUCGGCAUGGACGAGGUGAUGGAGGUGCUGGUGACUGACACGUUUCCCAUUCAGUCAGACCUAGUGGUGGAGCUGCAGGGAGACGGGGCUGAUGGCAAAGCUUGAGGGAAGGGUAAGAAGAGCAAGUGCUCCAAGGUGCGAUCCUGAGACCAGAUUUGUUUUGGUGCAUAAGUGAAACGGCAGCCAAUUCAAAUGCAUGCACAGUAAAAUAAAGUACAAACUUUUUUUCCUCACUAGA